AUGUUCAAGGGUCAUGCACAAGUAGACUUCUCGGGUGAUUUGCGUGAGUCGGAGUACUGGGAUGUAGGCAACCUCGAUGCUCUCCAGUUCUGCUCGGAUAUCACCGCGCUCGCCGUGGACCCCAUUUCACGCCUACUCGCCAUUGGGACUUCAAACGGAUACAUUCAUAUACUCGGAGCACCUGGUAUACACGCCGAGAUCAAACUUCCGGCUACAACCCCCGUCAAGUUCCUGGAGUUUGCCUCCAGUCUCUACAAACUAGUAUGCAUCGACGAAAGUGAUAAACUCAUCAUGUACGAUAUCUCCUCCUACGGACAGAUCAAGGUUGAGGCUAUUAUCCGGGUCGAAAGACCGGUGACAUCUGUCUUAGUUCCCCCCUCUCUAACACAUGCAUUCCUCUGCCUCGAAUCCGGAGAAAUCAAGACAUACGACCUGCUAUGCCGAAGAUUUUCUGCUUACACUGUACCAAAUGCAUGGGACUCCUAUGAGAAUACCCUCCAAGCAGAUGGCAUGAUUGUUGAGAGCGAUGGGGGAUCACGCAUUCCCAGCCAGAUAUUGUCACAUCCACGAAACCUCAACUUGGUCUUUAUUGCUUAUGGAGGUGGUGUGAUCCUCGUGGACCUGAAAGAACGCAAUACACUCCGGAUAUACGAGUUGCUUAUUCCUGCGGGUGCGCCAGGCGGCGCAGGGUACACAGACCCGGACCUCCUCAAGCACCGUCGACCUGCUGUGACUGCGAUGGCGAUUCAUCCGUCUGGCCACUUUUUUGUUAUCGGUCAUGUCGACGGAUCUCUCGCUUUCUGGGCCGUCGAAGAUGACGACAAACCGUUAUUCGUCCGGACACUUGAUGAGGUUGAGGUGAAUAUUGUGGAUGGUAACGCUCUGGACCGGUAUCUUCCUGGCGGUGAGGGAAGCUCUGCGCCACACAUCCCUCGAGAACCGAUCUUCAAACUUGCUUGGAGUGGAUAUCCCAACUCUACCGACCCUAGGGGAGGCGAGACGUCUUUGGUUAUAUUAGGUGGACAGUAUGCUCAGGACCCAGCUGGAGUCAACGUCCUAUGGCUUCCUGCUUUCAACCCGCAUACAGCACCGCUCCUACCCGGAGAGCAACGUGGUCUUCAUCCGCAUUACCGACAGGCUAUGCGCGCAGCCGUAGAAGUCCGCGAUGCAUAUUUCUAUGCAACUUCAGGGUUGGCACAGGACUUUCUACUCGUUCCUCGUGAGAGCCCUCAUUACGCCGGGACUUGGGAUCCAGUCGCAGUACUGUACCUUUCUGAAGGCCCACAUAGCUCUCGAACCGUCGAAGCUUUCACUUUUCCGCCGCCAUCUUUUUUGUCUAGCGAUCAUGAUGCUCUCUCAACGAAACCGACCCCUCCGGACAGCGGAGAGCGUAUCGAUGACGAUUUGGCAAACACACUCCGGGAUCUUGAGGUUUCCGGCCAUCCGGCCAAAUUGCCUACGGAAGUCUUGCUGUGGAAUGGUCCCGCGGGCGUCGUGAGCGCGUUGCUUACCUCGACUGAUCUUUUCGCACACGAGUCGCUCUCGGCGACACAGGAAAGUGAUCCUGCUGUAUUCAAGUUCGAAGGUGGUGUAGCCAUCGCGGACCAAGACGUAGUCGGGCAUAUAAGACUAUCAAAGUUUGAUCCACACCGCCUGCUCAUCACCACGCAUGCGGAUCAGACGAUUCGUUUCCUCGAUAUCUCAGUUCAACUAUUGAUCCCACCGGCGGGAGAGCUGCUCGUAUCCCCUUUCCCAACGGCGUUAUGGUCACUCUCGAUCGACCCGCUCUCUGUGUUGGCGCAUCCAUCCAUCUGUGAUCGGUACAACAUCAACCCGCGACAGUUGCCAUCAAUACAAGAUGUCCAGUUUCACGCAGAAGCUUUGGAGGUUUCUGUAGUCAUCAGCACUGGUGCUGUCAUAUUAUACCGACUGAGUGCAGGCCGCCUAACAAGUGAAGAGCGCGCUCUCGACGAUCUUGAACUUGUCUCGCUCGAACAUGUGCCGGUGUCAACCGGAUUGCGCUUCUAUCCGUUUUUGAUGGUACUGCCUGUAGAGCCUGUGAGCUCCUUCGCUCACACGUCCAUCGGAUUUGCGGCUGUUGGAUAUACUUCAGGCAAUUUGCUCAUGAUUGACUUGAGGGGGCCAAGGGUCCUACACAGGGAGGGAUUGGACAAUAAAUCCCGGAGACAUAGUCUUGGGAGCGUCUUGCACAAGCGCGCAGCUAGCGGCGAUACUGUCGCUUCGUUGACAUGGACGAUAUGCAGUCUCCAUUCAGAUUCUGACCCUAAAGUCCGUCUCAUCGCGAUCCAUACGUCGGGACGCGGGACUGUCUUCACAAUCAUUCGUACCAGCGACGGCAUCUGGACUAUCGCACCCGCUUCUAGGUCUUCCGAGAUGAUUUCACCUUUGCACAAUGGGACGUUUGUCCUUGACCCACGACUUGGAUCACAGCUCAAGGCGGACAAGAACCGUCUUGCUCUUGCUUUGGAGCGUGAGCGCAUGGAGAUAGAAGGGAAACCGGGAGAUGGAGAUGGACCUAGAUCUCUACUUGUCGUCGCUGGGUCGAAGGGCGCUAGGUGCUAUAGUGAUUUGGAUGGAGACAGGCGCAUAGGGAAGGUGGAGUGGAGUAGCAGGUCUGGCACGGCAACGACAGCGCAGGUCGUUGAACGUAGCGCAUCGUUUGUGCUCGUCGUCGCGACAGAUAAGCAUCAAGCUCUUAUAUACUCUCUCCCUUCCCUCGAGCAUCUCCACACCUUUGCACUUCCUACGGUGUCACCCAGUCCACCGUCAAUCGAUACAUCAGGCGCUGUUCUAGACAGCUGCUUCAGUGCCAAGCAAGGCUACCACGAUCCAACGGUGUCCUUGACAGAGCGCAAAGACGGUGUUUGUCUCAAGGUACCACCCCAACCUCAACCCGUCGAUCUAGGCCCAGCAGGCAUAUUUACGGGUGCGGGAGCGUUGUUUGGCGGACUGAUGGGUACGGGUGCUUCGACCGGCGCCCAAAUAGACGCUCUACUUGCGGGGCCAAAUCGUCCCGUUCCUGAGAAACCUGUUCCCCGGGCUGAGCGCGAGAGGUAUGUUGAAUGGAAGACACCGGAUAGGUCGACCUCUCGACCGUCCGUCGGGACACAGAACAGUCUAUAUGCUCGGCUGCAGAACGCACUGGAAGAGCGAGGAGAAGCGCUGAGUGGGCUUGAGGAGAACUUCAGCUCUCUUGGUCAGGCGAGCGAAGGGAUGCUAGAUCAAGCGAAGAGGCUAGCCACAGAGCAAAGUGCUAAAGGAUGGUUCGGGCGGAAGUUUGGCCUCGGUUAG